AACGGGAGAGCGCGGCGGGGCCGGAAGGGAAUGGAGGUGGCACAUGGCGGGCGGUUUAGAUGUCUCAAUGGAUACGUGGAAUUUUCUCUACACUUGCCUGGUGUCCUUAUGGCUGCACAGAAUUUACAUCUAUUCUGUUAUGGCUUUUGGGAUCAGCCUUUGGAUUGCCAUUCAGUUCUUCACUACCGAAGCCAAGAGGAAGGAUGAAAAUUCCAAUGGGAAUCCAGUGUCUUCUGAGGUAGCAGAGGGCAAACUAGUCAAUGGAUAUGCUGCUCUGCAGCCAAAGGAGGUCUAUGUUGCUGGAGUGAAGAUUUUCUAUGGGUCUCAGACUGGCACAGCACAGAGAUUUGCAAAGGGUUUGGCUGAAGCUGUUACUUGCCUUAAUUUGCCUGUGGAAGUCAUUAACAUGGGAGAAUAUGAUCCUGAUGAUUGCCUAGCAGAGGAGGCAACCAGCAGGAACAUCUGUGUGUUCCUGGUAGCUACGUACACAGAUGGGCAGCCAACUGAGAGUGCAGCCUGGUUCUGCAAGUGGUUGGAAGAGACUGCAAAUGACUUCCGCUUUGGCAAAACGUAUCUGAAGGGCCUGAGAUAUGCUGUGUUUGGCUUGGGAAACUCAGUUUAUGUUGAUCAUUACAACACGGUUGGAAGAAAUAUUGACAGGUGGCUGUGGAUGCUCAGCGCCAGGCGUAUCAUGACUCGUGCCGAGGGGGACUGCAAUGUGGUCCAGAGCAAGCAUGGCAGCAUUGAAGCUGACUUUGAAGCCUGGAAAUCAAAGUUCCUCAGUUGUCUCCAGGCCCUCUGCAGAGGGGAAAAGAAGCCCUGCAGUGGGAAGUGCAAGAAAGGGAAGUGCAAAUCCCAAGGGAAGCAGAGUAAGGAGAGUUCAAGUCAUGAACGUGAAGCGCCAGAGGUUGAGAACACUGAGGCUGAAGAAUUGUUUGAAACCACCAGUGAGGAGGAAGCUGAUGCUGAGGAAGCUGGAGGCACAGAUUCUGUUGUAGAUGUUGAAGAUCUUGGCAAAAUCAUGAGUCACAUGAAGAAAGCCAAGAGAGAACGUGAGCUGGAGGAUAGAGAUGCUGGAAUGAGCUUGCUUGGAGAGACCUCUGGGAGGAAGGAGGCGGGUGAAAGGAGAGAAAUGAUAACUGCAGCCCUGAGGGAUGCUCUCACAAAACAAGGCUAUAAGUUGAUAGGAAGCCAUUCUGGAGUGAAGCUGUGCCGGUGGACAAAGUCGAUGCUCCGAGGCAGAGGUGGCUGCUACAAGCACACCUUCUAUGGAAUCGAGAGCCACCGCUGCAUGGAGGCCACACCGAGCCUGGCCUGCGCCAACAAAUGCGUGUUCUGCUGGAGACAUCAUACAAAUCCCGUGGGCACGGAGUGGCGAUGGAAAAUGGAUCAACCUGAGAUGAUCUUGAGGGAAGCUCUUGAGAAUCAUCAGAACAUGAUCAAGGAGUUCAAAGGAGUGACAGGAGUGAGGGCAGAGCGCUUCGAGGAGGCAAUGGCAGCCAAGCACUGCGCUCUGUCCCUGGUGGGAGAGCCCAUCAUGUACCCCGACAUCAACCGCUUCCUGCGGCUCCUGCACCAGCAUGGCAUCUCCAGCUUCCUGGUUACCAACGCACAGUUCCCAGAGGAGAUCAGGAACUUGGAGCCUGUCACACAGCUGUAUGUCAGCGUGGAUGCCAGCACCAAGGAGAGCCUGAAGAGAAUUGAUAGACCGCUCUUCAAAGAUUUCUGGCAGAGGUUCCUGGACAGCUUAAAGGCCUUGUCUGAAAAGCCCUUGAGACCAGUUUCUGCCUGGGCCUGUCUCCAGCAUCCCAUUGCCUGUAUGUUGUCUUCACGUUCACCCAAUAAGGAGUGUCAGCUACACCGAGAUCAAGCAGAUUCGUAACACUUUGCCCCACCUCCCACCAAAGAUUGCCGGUGUUUCUUUGCUCCCUGUCAGUAGGGCUUUCUGUCAUCCUGUUAUUUCUCCCACCAUGAUGCAGCACAGUCACACUCACUCCUCUUCUACUUUAGCAGGAGGGAUUUGCCCCAGUUGCUUCUUGUCAAGUUUCUCUUUCCAUACCCAACUCAGGCAUCUGGGAAUCUGCUCUUAAUAUUAGCCCCAGAUAGAAUCAUUAAGGUUGGAAAAGUCCUCUGAGAUAAGUCCAACCCCAGCCUAUGCCACCAUGCCCAUAAGCACAUCUCUCAGUGCCGCAUCUCCGUGGCUUUGGAACACCUCGGGGAUGGUGACCAUCACCUGGGCAGCUGUGCCACUGCAGCACCCCUUUUUCAGAGAAUAAAUUCUUCUCAAUAUCCAACCUGAUCGUCUGGCACAACUUGGGGCCUCGUGUCCUAUGGGUGACCCACUACUGAAAUAACUGGCUGGAAGGUGAUGCGCUGUGUUGGACUGCAGUGGGAUGCAAUCCUUGGGGCUGGCCAUGCUGGCUGGGUCUGUCGGUGGGCUCUGAAGGCUGCUGCUGGGGUGGGACUCUGUUUAUUGCUGCCUGCCUUUGUUUACCAGUGAGAGCUGACCUUUGGGGAGACAUUUCUCGACUAAUUGGGUGCCUAAUCAUAUCAGGCAAUUGAUGGGCCUGCAUGUAUCAGUUGUUCUCUUGUUAAAUAUUUUCCCUCUGGUUUCUUCUUUCCUUGUUAGAUGGUAAAUGAUGCAUUUAUUUUUGCAGCCUCUCAU